GGUCGCUACAGCACCACCUUCAGCCUCCUCACGUGCCCGGCUCCGUCUGUCGAACGUUGACGGUCGAAAGUAGACGCUGUUUCCUGGACACGUUUCUGCUCUCGAGAACCGAUCGCAUGCUCGUCCGGUGUACUUUGCGCUCGUAACCGCGCAGGGCCACGGGAUUGUAUCUACUUUGCUUGACCUGGCGAUUACGAUGGAAACGGCAAGCAACUCAAAUGGCGGUUCAAACUGUGGCCAGGUGUCGACAGUCGGACCCAAUGAUUCCGAAGGAACAGGGCAGAUGCCAGAUAUUGAUCGGAUACUGGCAGAACUGGCGGGCUAUUCUGCAUCAAAAGGGGCCAUCCAACAAGCACCGGUAACGGCUGGCACACAGGCUGCGGAAUCGUGGCCUUCCCACGAUGUGCCUCAACAUGCAGGCCUAAACUCGGUUUCCGGAUACAGUUCGCAAACCUCUCAAGUAUCGCAGGUGUCUGCGGUUGCUCUGCCGCCUGCCCAACCCCAUCCACCAUUAGUCGAUCCCUCUACCAUCUUCGAAUGGCCUCAAGCUCUCCGAUGCGUCAACAAGCUGUCAGCCAGCAACCCUCAGUUCGGCCCAAAGAUCAAACAGAUGAUUGUCGAUCAGGACAACAACGUCAAGCAAUGGUGGCAGAAUCGAAAUGGUAUCAUUGCUAAUCAGAAGACGAGAAAUGAGGGGAUUCGGGGGCUGAAUGCCAUGUUAAAAGGUGUGGGCGGUCAACUCAAGCCAGAACCUACUCCCGAGGAAAACAAAGCUGAACUUGACCGUUUCGAUCUCAAAGUGUACAAUGCGUCGCAACAGAUGGCUAAAGCACACGCCGCAACGCUCAAGGCUCUAGGCGUGCCUUUCUUUGGAGUCGACCCGAAGCAUAUCGUUGCAAACGAAUUGCAACAGGCAGCCGCCUCGAGGAAUCCGCUCAGUGAGGCGAAGAUUACAGAGAAGGAGCUGCUUGACUUGCAAAGAAAGAUGUUACAGUACUUAGAGGACCUAUACAGGGAUUAAAAAGGAAAAUAUUGCGAAGUCUGAUAUCCUAGAUGUGAAGCGUUGAUUUGGGGUGGCGAGAGACCAUAUCGAGAUUCGAUUUCAUCUUGUGGUCAUGAUCUUGACUUAAAAAGAGAUCUCAACACGUGGAAAGAGUCGGCCGGCAGAUGAUGCGCCCAAAAAAAGAUGCGCCAUUCUCUCUCUAAAUUGGGACUCCAAAUCUCAGUGGCGAUUCAGAAAGUGGCUCGUCUAACUGACCUGGAUCUUGGCCAUGGACUGUGAAUCGUUGCAAGGGAAAUUACCUGAGGGAAACCGCUGUCUCACUUAAGAGUUUCCACGCCUCGAGGCAGUAGAAUCUCACAGUAGCAACUCUACGAUGAUCGAUUACAGUGCAAGCCUGUUCAUGUUCUUGUGGUUGUACAUAUGUAUUUGUCAACUUCAAGACACAUGCACCUCGUUUGUAACGCCAUAGUCAUCAUUUUCGUCACUCCUCUUGAAUCUACCCAACAGCAAUUUUCGCUUAUAGACAAACAGAUGUCUCACAUUUGUGUCCAAUUGUUGAGCAAACCGCCCCGAAUCCGGAGAUUUCCAACUUUUGCCUUGGCAACGGGAAUGUAGUGAUAAGUCUGCUGACC